CGGCGGUUUUUAUACAGGUGCUGAGUGCUGGGUACCCGAGGUAACGUUAACGUGUCAUGUUUAAACCACAAAAUAGUUUUCUGACUGCAUGAUAUCUGUUUAUUAAAGACAAAACGAAGGACAGACAGUAUUGACUGAAGCUGCGAAGGAUGCCGAAGAAGAAGACAGGUGCACGCAAAAAAGCCGAAAACCGAAAGGAGCGGGAGAAGCAAAUUCGCGCCAACAGAGAGCAUGUGGAUGUGGCAAAGCACCCCAGCAACACGUCAAUGGAAUGUGACAAGUGCCAAAGGCGGCAGAAGAAUCGGGCUUUCUGCUACUUCUGUGCCUCUGUGCAGAAGUUGCCGAUGUGCGCUCAGUGCGGGAAGACUAAAUGCAUGAAGUCCUCUGACUGUGUCAUCAAACACCCCGGCAUGCACAGCACUGGCCUCGCCAUGGUGGGGGCAGUGUGUGACUUCUGUGAGGCGUGGGUCUGCCACGGGAGGAAGUGCCUGAGCAGCCACGCCUGCAGCUGCCCGCUGUCUGACGCCGACUGCGUGGAGUGCGACCGCAGCGUGUGGGAGCACGGGGGCAGGAUAUUUCGCUGCUCCUUCUGCCAGAAUUUCCUGUGUGAGGAUGACCAGUUUGAACACCAAGCCAGCUGCCAAGUCCUGGAGGCUGAAACGUUCAAAUGUGUUUCCUGCAACCGUCUCGGCCAGCAUUCCUGUCUGCGCUGCAAGGCCUGCUUCUGCGACGAUCACACGCGGAGUAAAGUGUUCAAACAGGAGAAGGGGAAGGCACCCCCCUGUCCCAAAUGCGGCCAUGAAACGCAGGGAACCAAAGACCUCAGCAUGUCCACUCGCACCGUGAAGUUCGGCCGUCAGAGUGGGAUGGACGACGGGUCUGAGGCCUCGGGCUAUGACUCCUACUGGAAGAAUCUGUCUGCCGGGGCCAACGAGGACCAGGAGGGAGACAGUGCCGAUGAAGACUACGACGAAGAGGAUUACGACCUCGAGGAGGAUGAAGAGGAGGAGGAUGAGCAGUCGGAUAGUGAGAUGGCUAAGUCCUUGGCAACAGUUAAUCUCUGAGGAGUCUUCAUCGCGAAGACUGAGACCCCACAUCAGGGAGAAGCGACCGUGGGAGCCAGCCGGCCAAAACACACAGCUCUUCACCUCACAUACUUCAUUCAGAGUCCCCUAGAUAUGCUUGUCCCUAAAGCAGCGAGGACCCUUGUUCCUGUAGGUCCCUGUUUAUGUUACAGUCAGACCGGAGAUCCUGUGUACACAGGUCAAUGCUUAGGAGAUUACAUCUAACCUGUAGCUGUCAGCUUCUGGUCCGGUUUAUGCUCAUGUGACAUUGUAAGACCAUUUGUAGUCGUCUUUGUGAAUGUCAGGCAAAGAUUUGAGAAUAUACUAUAUAUAUAUAUAUAUAUAUAUAUAUAUAUAUAU